CAGCCGACACGAGUGAAGAAGAGAACCCAAAUUCUGCUGUUCCGUUUAUUGAUUUCGAUUCAAUUUGUAACGCAGUACUUUGUAUUAAAACUAGGCCGAAUGAUUUAUAUUGCAUUUUCAUAAAGUUUGUCGAGUGCAAGAUAGUUCUAUAAUGAUUCUUGUGAAAAUCGUGACAUUUUGUAGGCUGUAAGCUUUUAAAACUGUGUUAGGAUGAACACUGCAUUUUCGUAAAUAUCAGGGGAUUCCAUGAUUUUCUUGUAAAUCAUUAUUCCUUGCUCCAUAUUUUAUUGAAAGGUUUAUAAAAAUAAUCAAUGAUACGCGAAUUCAAUGACAGUUCUGAAGAAGAUGAUAUGGAAAGCCAGUACCAGAUAGAAUCACCAGAAUGCUAUUCCACAACGCCUCUGGACAGAGACAUGCACAACAGAUGCUGUGGAGGCAAAGCCUGGUGCAUCAAGGAUAUAUGCGGUAUAAUAUGCGCAGUGCUAACAUGGCUCCUGAUACUGUAUGCAGAGUUUGUUGUGAUGAUGGUGAUGCUUGUACCUAGCCUGUCGUCAUAUCCUAUUUAUGGCUGGGCUAACAUAUUUAUAUUCCAAUGUUUGGCUUUCCUGGCCUUUGCGUCACAUCUAAGGACAAUGUUUACCGACCCUGGUGCAGUUCCGAAAGGGAACGCCACAAAAGAAAUGAUCAGACAGAUGAGUUUCCGCGAGGGACAAGUGAUCUUCAAAUGCACCAAGUGCUGCAGCAUCAAGCCGGAGCGGGCGCAUCACUGUUCCGUGUGCCAGCGGUGCAUCAGGAAGAUGGAUCACCAUUGUCCUUGGGUCAACAACUGUGUCGGAGAAAAUAAUCAGAAAUACUUCGUUUUAUUUACAUUUUACAUAGCAGCGAUAUCGGUGCACUCGCUGUCGUUGUCGGUGAACCAGUUCGUGACGUGCAUCAGACACGAAUGGCGGGACUGCACCACGUACUCGCCGCCCGCGACCGUGGUGCUCCUCUUGUUCCUCAUCGCUGAGGCGUUGCUCUUCGCUAUCUUCACUGCCGUCAUGCUCGGCACGCAGUUGCAAGCCAUCUGGAACGAUGAGACAGGAAUAGAGCAGUUGAAAAAGGAGCAAGCGCGAUGGGUUCGUAAAUCCCGGUGGAAGAGCAUCCAGUCAGUGUUCGGAAGGUUCUCCUUGCUGUGGUUCUCCCCGUUCACACAACCUGCCCCUAAAACCAAAGUGGAAAGCUACUUGUACAGUGUUUAAUAUGCUUUUUAAUAAUUAAUGUGUUUGACAAUUGCACGCAUAAUUAUGCGCAUUAAUGGUUUAGUAAAUACAGAGACUAAUCGCUAUUAGAAAUGAUCUCUUUUCGCAGAAAUUUGUAUGUGUAAUGUCUAUUCGUGUAUCUAAAAGGACUAUUUAAACUUGCCCAAUUCAUAUUCAAAGUCGUCUUCUGCGAAUGAGUCCAAAGUAGAACAGGAUGUUUCAGGAGUAGGGCAUUUUCAAAUCGAUGCAUAUGUCGAUCAGAAUCGGAAUUCGCGAAUAAGUCCAAUAUUUACUAAACCUUAACUUAUAUAUUUCGCCGAAAUAUAAAUAGUGAGUAGCAACACAAUAAGACUCGCGAUGCGAGCGGUAUUAUUUAUUAAUGUCUAUUAUGUUAUCAAUUUAAGCGCUAUGAUUAUUAAGCAAUACCUAAAUAUUCUAUAAAUUUAUUUAUUAAUAAAAUCAAUAUAUUUCUCGUGGACAAAUGACUGAUAUAAUGAAUUGAAAUGUGAAUAUUAAAUUUAGGGAACCAAAUACCUGCAUUUACUAUUCUUUGUUACAAACCAUGAUCACAAUUGUUAUUUUUAAAUUGUAAUGAUAAAUUUAAUUUGAGAACAUUUUAUUACUUGAACAUGUUAGUAUGAUGAUGUAAAACGAGUAUUGGUAUAGCUAUCAUCGUUUAUAAUGGCUAAUCAUUUGAGUACCGACCUAAUGUCCAGUUUCGUAUAAAGGGGGUGCUACUUAUUUUUUAGAGCUAGAGGUUUACCUCCAGCCCCUUAACAUUAUUCAACUAUUGCGGAUGCAACUGUUUUUUUAUUAUUAUAUUCUUCUUUUAUUUUUAGUUUUUGGUAUUUACACUUGUGUGUUCUCUAAACUUUAGAUAUUACUAUUAUUUUAUCAUAAGUAAAAGUGUAUGACGCACAAAAAAUAACAAUCGAUAUGAUUAGAUCUUAUCACAAAUCUGAGUUAUCGCCAGCACAUGGCAUGUUUUAUUCUUGUCAUUAUAAAAAACAACUUCUUGUAAUAUGUUGUUUUCAUUCUUCAAGUUUUUAUUUUUUCAUUUCAUUGAAUAACAACGAUUAAUAUUAAACAAUUUUAAGGUUUAUCCAUACAUAAAAGAUAAUAAAACAUUAAGACAACUUUGAUCGAUAAUAAUUUUAUAUUCCUGUCUCAUUUUAUUAUCCAUUCAUAUUUGGGAUAUGAUUGAUCGAUUGUAUUAAUAUGUUCAAGUGUAGAUUUAUUAUUUACAAAACAUUAGUCAAAAAACGCGACGCGUUUAACGCGCGUUUUAGAUCUAAAGAUCUCAAAACAUAAUUUUUAAAAAGUACAUAGGUACUGCAGAAUAUUUACUUAUAAAAUGUUAUGAUUACGACCGAAUAGGGAAUAUGCAUAAAUACAGAUUCCAGGUCGAAGAAUUUUCAAGUCGAGUCUAUUUUCUACCUCUUUUUUACAAAACAUAGUUUAGCUCAUUUUGUGGUGGACAUGUCGGAUCUUUGUCUAAUCGAAACUCGAAAUAUAUAUAUCUCGGUUAUCUUUAAAGUUGCUUAAAAUGAAAUAAUAUAUUAUAUAUUUUAAGUAAUAAUCUGCAUAUUCUCUAUUAGUGUAUAUGGAAUAUAAUGUGUUAGCGAUAAUCCUACAACUACAAUUCUAUUUGAAUCUGUGAUACAUAUCGUGUUUAAUGACUUGUGUUAGCAGUCAUCCACAAACGCAAUAAAAAUGACAAAAUUGACAGAAGUCUGAAUUUCAACUAACCUAAUAAUUCUUAUCGUUGUGAAUUUUUAUACGUUCAGCGACCGCCUGUGGCGUUUUCUGGGUACAUACCGCACGAUGGCAAAUAUGCGUCAAUAUUUGGCAGAAGCGUUAUUGUCAAAACAGUCGCCGAACAAAUUGGUAGUCUGCUGAGUAAGAUUGCUGUAUGUGUAUGUGUAAUUGUAAUACUAAAGAAUAUGGGUUUAUGUUUCUCUUACUGACUAUAGUUUCGAUGUGUUUGUGCUGUCUAUAAGUAAGAUAGUUGUAACAAGAGAGGUUUCGGUAACAUCUGAUAUUCCGUAAAAAUAUUCCCAUGUCGUUUUCAAUCGAAAAUGAGACUGGUUAGGAUUUGUUGUGAAUCAAUGAAGUUAUAAAAAAUCAUUUGAACAUUAAUCUUGAUGAUUUAAAUUAUAUGAGUAUAUUCACUAAAAUGUGGCCUGCGGUUUUGUUUAGAAAUGUGAAAUUGUAUAGUAUCUAUUAUUUUUAUUCUAGAUGCCCGUCAAUAUGAACCAUGUUUGUAAACUAAUUUUUGAAAUAUGAAAUUCACUAAGUACUAUAGCAGUAAGUAAUAAACUUUAUAUAUUUUUGUUUAUAAAAUAUUCGUAAUGUGAAUAGAUUUGUUUAAGAACAAUCGUCACGAUUUAUACUUUUCAUGUUCUAUAUUGUAAGGACUGUACAAAGCGCUGAUAUAGAAUUUGAUAUACGAUCCAUAAAGACGACCUAAAUAUUCCUAGUAAGUAUUUUUGUGUUAAUCCGCUUUCUCUUAAACAAUUUUGUCAAUUCUGAAUGGUGUGAGGUGAUCGAUGAGGUAUGGUGAGACUUUGCAUAUAUUUACUUCAUGUUUUCACGGAGUAAAUAUAUGCAAAGUCUAUGAUAGUAUUCAGAAACUAUUGUAUACAAUAGCGUAAAUUGUACCUGUCUAUCCCUGUUUCUUGCCGAAAAUUGCCAUGGUUACAGCGGUCCGUAUUGGACUUGGUACCCGUUUGAAAAUAUUGUGUUUAAGUUGCCGUUUAAUCCAAUAGCUACAAGACAAAAUAGAUACAUUUUUCUGUAUGUUCUUAAACAAUAAUUUAGAUAUCGAAAUUGUAUUUAAUAACAUGAUUUUGGAAGGACUUCAGUCAAAAAGUAUUCCUUACUUAUAAACACGAUCAACUAUUUGGGCGCGUGGUUUCGCCCUAGGACUACUUAUCCUCCUGUGGAUUGUCCUAGGCAACUAAGGGUCAUAAAGCCUUGACAGCUAAUAAGUAACAAUCGCAUUCCAAAAGACGAUCGACGAUGUCUAGUAGACAGCUGGUUACAAAAUCUGAGCUAAAUCUAAUAUUUAACCCCCAUUCGUUUUCUCUGAUUAGCCUCGGAAUAGUUAUUCUUUCUUUCAAUGUCGAUUGCUGAAAAGAGAGUGGGACAAAACAAAGAAAAACUACUCCAAGCCUAAUCGGAGAAUUAAAUGUUUAUUAAUAGGUAUAAUUAUUACUGUGCAUGCAAUGGAAUGGAGCACGCGAAGAUGAGAGAGAGAUCAACCAAAGUAACGUUCAAUUUCCGUAUUUAUUAGUAAGUAACAAAGGCAGUCAUAGUUUUUAUGCGCCUGCCAAUUUGUCAAAAGUUGAACAUCGAUUUGUCACGGUUGCGUUCGUCAUAUAGUCAGAUUUAGUUAGAUUCGUCAUCAAUAAUUAUUUUUCAAUGGAUGAAUUUGAUGACUCCCAUAAAAUCUUGAGAAUAGUAGACACAAAAAACAUAGUAUUUUUGGAAUCUGUACAGCUACUCUGAUUAAAUUGCCGGUUAAAAUUCUUAAUCAGAACUAAUUGUUUUAUUACCAAAAUACUUUGAUGUCGAUUCGACUAUGCUUAAACAUAACAAUGAGAAUUUAAAAAGUAUUUACUGACGAACUGGGUUGGGUUUAUUCUGUGUAUCUAUUAUGUAUUCCAUAUAUAUAUUCUAUUUUUAACUGUAUAUUUUGUCAUGUAAGUAUGCUUUCGAUUUAAUGAGAUAGUGAUUACGUUUACGUAAUCCAGUGGCAUGAUUAAAGGAUCUCUAAUUUUUUUUUGUAUAAUCGAUCUGUAUAAAGCUUUUGUUAGAUAAUAUUGGCCAGACUGAUAGCAAAUGCGCCUAGUUCGGAAUUGCUUCCGUUGUGUAUUGUAAUUUAAGAUGGCUAUGCGAUGAUUAAGUAGAGUAAAGUAGGUCGGAUUUAUGUAGAAAAUAAAACAUCCAUUGUUCGCUAUACUGGGAAAGAGUGAGAUAUUUCAGGCUUUAUCCAUGAUCAUCUUUGAACAAAAUCACAAGGUACAUUCGAUUUACUUUAACAUGUGCCACUCAUGACGCAUAGUUUAUUUUGAUAUGAUUGGAUUAAAUUCUAGGGUAUUAUUUUUAUAUUUGUUGAUUAAUCGAACAAAGCAAAGAAAUGUCACCUUUGCAGGGUAGGUAUUAGCAGUAUAUUACACUACAACACAAAAAUUAGCUAUGAUAAGUAAAUUUAUAACCUUUUUACGUCGUUGUUAAUAUCAAAUAUUUGAAGCAGUAUGUAUGUACAUGCCAUGGUUGCUUUCUGGUAGAUUAUAUAGAUGACGUUAUUUUUCUACACAGCCAGUGUGUCACAUAUAAUGACAUUGUGACAACGAUAUUUUAAUCUUUAGAUCAUAAGAUAAUAAUGUGUAUGAGAAUGAUAUGCUAUUUUCAUGUAUAUUAUUCUAUGUUGCCUAAUUUAUGAAUUAUAUCACCUGGUAGUUGCUUGAUGUUAUUAAUGAAAAUCACAAACGAAUCUUUUCAUGAUAUUUAGUGUGGGUCGUAGUCAUUAAAUGAUAAUUAUAUAUUUUUACAUCGCUCUAUUGUUACCUAGAAAAAAAUAAUAGUUUAAUGUAGAAUAGGGAAGCAUCCGGAUAGCUUCUUGCACAGAUUUUUAAAUUAUAUAAUUUUGAUUGUACAUCUAUUUUACGAGUGUAUGUAAUUAAUUAUAAAAAUGUUUGUUGGGUUAGUUUUACUUUAAUCAAUUAUUCUAUUAUUUAAAUGACAUACAGUUGUAAGGUGUUGUAGGCCGUUUUUAAAACGCUUUUAAAAAUCUUAUAUCAAUGGGUAUUUCAAAUCAAACCUUUAUGAAUGAAUUUACAGUUUUGUUUGAAAUACCCAUUGCUAUUAAAGAUUUUAUAGAAAUUAAAAACCAUUUAUUUUUUCUCUAUAAUCUGUCGUUUAUUCAUGUGAACAUUUAGCUUUAGUAAGCAAAGAAAAUGUCAUAUCAGAAAUAUGCUUUCAAUAUCACCAAGUCCAAUCGUACUACUUAUCAGGUCGACAAUAUUUGUAUACCUGAGAGUUAGGUUGUUAUGUUAUUCGUUUAUAUUUAUUUUUGACGCCUAAUACGCUCUGGAAUUAAUUAUACAUGGCAAUGUUUUCAAUUGUCAUCAUAAUUUUCUAAACAUUUGUCAUCGUAAUUUUUUAAACAUCAUAACAUCGUUAAUUUCGAUUACUUACUUGUUUGCUGUUCACAAUUUGUAGAUAGUUUACAAUUUCGCGGAAGAGAUUUAUAAACUAACAUUUUUUUCGACCUUACGUUGACAGAGUACAAUUCCAUUAACAUAUUUCUUUGCAUUCAAUGAACUAAUUUAAAUAAUAACCAUUAAAUAACUAGUUAAGUAGAAUUUACGUCAUAGAUAAGUAAAUGUUUAUUGUUCAACCUAGAAUUUUUAACCAUAUGCAUAUAGUAGCACUUAUAUCGGCUAUGAGGCUUAUAUAAUAAAUGUCUUAAUGAUUUUUAUCUUACAAUUUCAUAUCAAAAUAAGAAAAACAUUAACUUUUGGUUACUUAUUAAAAAAUGUGGAUUGAUCAUGAUUCUGACAGUAGGUAUAAUUAAUUAUAUCUACACAUAUUUAGAGCAAUUUAUUUUAAAUAUGCUCUAAUAUAUAAUAUAUAAUAUAAAGAAGCCUAUGUGUAAGUUCCUCAACUAUAUGCACAUCAAAUCGUCAAACUCGUUUCGAGGUCGGAAACUCCGGGGUCGGGGGGAAAUCGUGUAACAGACAAAAUUAAAAUAUGGAAAAUAUGGGUACCAAAUACCGACGGUUAACAUCAUUUAGUUAUUCCAUUUCCAUCGGUUGUCAUAUGAAAUAAUAAAAUAAGUAAUAAAACUCUAACAAACAAUAUUAUAUAUAUAUGUGUAUUUGUACACCAUAACUAUAUUUAUAAGCUGUAUUUGUCAACCUUAGGUAAAAAAAAAUAGGUAGUACAAAAUUGUUAUCAUAACACCAAAUAAAUACAAAUCUAAACUGUAACAAAGAAUUUAAGUAUAGACCAAUAUUGAAAAUAAUAUAACGUAUGUUUGCCACUUCGCGUCGGAUGUCUUUAGGCAGUUGAAUUUAAAAUCAUUGGUUCGCACUAGUUCGCAGAGCGUCUCGACCGCUGCGGUCGCGCUGUCAUUACCAUUUUUAAAAUUUUAACAAAGCCAAGAAUGAGUUUUCUAUAUGACUUUACAUUUACUUUGUACUGUAGUAAUGUCAAUUUUGAAUGAUUGAUUUUGGAAAUGAUUCCUUCCUCAAGAAAAUUGACGGAUUCUAAUGACCGCGCAGCCGCAGCGGUCGAAACGCGAACCACCCAGUGUUGGAAUCGCACACUUUAAAAAGAUGCAUUUAUAUGGAAUUAGCGAAUCUCUGACUCUGGAUCGCCAGAUUCAGAGAUUCGCUAAUUUCGUGGCCAGCCACGUACUGGCCAGUGACAGAAUUGUAUAAACUCGCCUUAAGAAAGAGGAUUGCGAAUCGAAUCCUUCAGCGUCUGUUGUGGUCUAUCUACGAAGAUAUUCCGGGGCUUAUUUCUAUUAAUUCUUUACUGCUUGCUAUUGAAAUAAAAAAUUGAAUUUUAUUUUCUAUCCCUAUUUUACAUUUUGUAAUACAUUUCUCCAAAAAAAAUAUUUACCACCACCGAUAAUUCUUUCAUACCUCGCAAUAAGGUUCUGUACGUACAUAAGCGUUAAAAUAAAAUAUAUUAAGUAUAGUACAAUCGUUGUGCCUGUGACUUUGUUCGCGUUUAUCUUUCAUUUGGGUAUUGGUUGCUUGGCUUUAUUAUAUGCAUUUGUUGAUGUUGUGUGACCUUCGGGUUAAGAUGCAGUCGUUCUUACUAGAGGGUUUGAGCUUGUUUAAGGUUUAGUUAAAGAAUUGUUAUUGUUCUUUAGCAUUAAUUGAAAUGUAAUAGAAAUAAAAAUUUGUGUAUUGUGAAACAACUACAAGUAUGUAUAAGCUAAUAGGAAAUCUACGAUUUCAAAUUACUUGUUUACUUUUUACCAGCUCCUGGCUCCUGACCUAUCUUCCUGUCAUUUUGAUUUUAUAGACUUUAAAAAUGUUGUAUCUAUGCAUAUUUACGGACCUAAUAAUAUACUAUGUACUUUUAACUGCAGUUGGUCUGAAACUCGGAAUACAAUUAGUCGGUUCUGUAUGCCCUUCUCAAUUUUAAUUAGGUACCUACUAAACAUAAGUUUUUGAUGGAAUUUAUUUUCAUUAAAGAUGAUAUGAAGUA